AUGCGUACUGCCUUGAGCGCACUCGCGAUAUUCCUCACCCUGGCCAGGUCUGCCACGGCGGCCCCUGUCGCAGCUCCAUCCGAAGUCGAGGAGCGUGGUGCCUCCGCUGUCCUAAACACGCGAUUUAUCACCUACGAAGACUCCAUCAGCAAGAGAGAUGAUGUCGAGGAGCGUGAUGCCUCCGCUGUGCUGAACACGCGAUUCAUCACCUACGAAGACUCCAUCAACAAGAGAGAUGAGGUUGAGGAACGCGAUCCCUCUGCUGUGCUGAACAGUCGGUUCAUUACGUACGAGGAUACUGCUUAA